GCAGGCCGAAAUCCGUGCACUUGAACAAAAUCACACAUGGACUAUAUAUGCAGCCCCUUCCUCCAGGAAAACGAGCAUUAGGUUGUCGUUGGGUGUACAAAAUCAAAUACCACUCUGAUGGUAGUAUUGAACGUCUCAAAGCUCGUCUGGUUAUUUUUGGUAAUCGACAAGUUGCGGGACUUGAUUAUAAUGAAACAUUUGCUCUGGUAGUCAAAUUGGUCAUCAAUUGUGUUUUUCUGGCCGUUGCUGCCUCCAAACAUUGAGAACUUCAUCGAUCAGAUGGAUGUUCACAAUGCUUUUCUUCAUGGUGACUUGGAAGAGUAGGUAUAUAUGCAGGUGCCCCUAGGUUAUAUGACUUCUGAUCCAUCUCUUGUUUGUCGGUUGCAUAAAUAAUAGAAUUAAAACAAGCACCACGGUGUUGGUUUGCUAAAUUGGUCAGUGCUCUCCGAGGUUACAUAUUUCUUCAGUCCUAUGCUGACUACUCACUAUUUUCCUGCACUCGGGGCUCUAUUCAGCUGAAUGUUCUAGUUUAUCUUCAGAAAUGAUCAUGAUGCAAUUCUUCAUUUUAAAGCUUAUCUUAGUGAUUGCUUUCGCAUGAAGUAUUUGGAUACUCUCCAAUAUUUUCUUGGCAUUGAGGUGGCCAGAAGCCCCUCAGGUCUUUUUCUCACUCAAAGGAAAUAUACCAUGAAUAUUUUAUAUGAAACAGGACUCCUUGGAGCGAAGCCUGCAGCUUUUCCAAUUGAACAAAAUCAUUCUCCAGCGAGUGCGUCUGGACCUCCUUUUGCAGAUCCGGAACCAUAUCGACGACUUUUUGGUCUUCUUAUUUAUUUAUCUGUGACUCACCCAGAACUGGCGUAUUCUGUUCACAUCUUGCCUCAAUUUAUGCAAGCACCAUCUCACCAGCACUGGGAGGCUGCGCUAUAGCUGGUUCGCUAUCUCAAAGGUUCACCAGGACAAGGAAUUCUUUUACAAGCUGACACUGAUCUUUCACUGACUGGAUGGUGUGACUCUGAUUGGGCUGCAUGUCCCAUCACCCGACGAUCCUUAUCUGGGUGGUUAAUUUUUCUGGGCCACUCCCCCAUCUUCUGGAAAACUAAAAAGCAAUCCACUGUCUCUCGCUCCUCAGCCGAAGCUGAAUAUCGUGCUAUGACAGUUGUUACAUGUGAACUCAAAUGGCUAAAAGGCUUGCUCCUUAGUCUUGGCAUUCAUCAUCCCAAUGCCAUUCCUCUCUUUUGUGACAGUCAGUCUGCCUUGCACAUUGCUCGGAAUCCAGUUUUUCAUAAACGCACUAAGCAUAUAGAGGUGGACUGUCAUUUUGUUCGUGAUGCUAUUAAGGAUGGACUCAUUUAUCCUAGCUAUGUUCCUACCACCGUCCAACUCGCAGAUAUCUUUACUAAAGCUCUUGGAAAGAUACAAUUUCAUAUUCUUCUUCACAAGUUGGGCAUUUUGAAUCCCAUGCUCCAACUUGAGAGGGGUAUUAUGGAUAGUUUAUAUUAUUGGAUUGUCUAUAUAUUAGCUUUAUUAUUCUUGGUGUGAAUCAUGCCUAUGAACUUUUGUUGCCUUGUAUUGGCAGACGUGUGCUAG